UUAGUGAAUUUAGGUUAUAAACAAAAGCUAUAAAAUGGACAGUAAAACGCUUGAUUAUUAUGCUUCAGAAAUAGGCAACUACGAAAGUUUGAAAAAGAAAGAAAAUAAAUGGAUGAAUAAAUUGUUAGAUGAUUUGAACGCAAGAGAUUGUAGAUUAUUAAGUCCUUUAGAAAGCAAGAAAAUUUCUUUCAUUUUAAAUCAGUGCUGCUCACUUAUUUUACCCAGUGAGACAUUCUUAGUGGCCAAGUGCUGCCAGUUGUUGUUGACUGUGGUUGGCAGGCAAGCUAUUCAGCCUGAGAAGUCCCUGUUAAGUAUAGCUGUGCCUUGGUGUCUGCAAGCGCUUCAAGAGAGUGCUGACAUAGCAUUGUUAGAUAUAUUACAAGCUCUAGAGGCUAUUAUACGUUUAUGCCCAAAAGAUUUAAGCGAGAUGGCUGGGGAUAUUAUUGAGAGUCUCAGAAUCCCGCUGGAAUCCAAAGUGAGUCUGACAGCUCCGUUGGAUGUUCGGGUUUGGCGAAUCCAGUGUCUAUGUGCCUUGGCUCCAAUAGUUUCUGACUCCUCUUCCGUCAGACCCAACUCUUACCUCAGUCUGCUUUAUGAUUUACUAGAGAAGCGACCCAACCUGGAAUGUGACGCUGAUGCUCAGGUUGUGAGAUUUGUGCUGGAAGCUAUGGGAACUCUUUGCCAGACGGACACAGUAUGGCUUAAUGAAAAUGUUGGAGAAGUUUUGGGUGUUGCAGUCACAUUUAUUCAUUUUGGACUCGAAGGUUGGCGACACCAAACCCCAACCAGGCUCUUUCCUCUGCCAGGAGCCAUGACUGACACACCUAAAGCUCCUAAUGUCAAGAGCAAAAUAAAAAGGAAACAAAAAAAGAGAGUGUCUAAUAUAGCCGGAACCACAGAUGGGGAUGAAGACCCUGAAGAUGGUCCAAAACCUUCCUCCAGACCCAGCUACAUGAUGGCUCCUGCUUGUGUUACCUGGCUCACAAGCGACUCUGAGGUGUCAGACAGUGAAGGAGGUCGUACCAGGAGAGUAAAAAGAACUCAAGCCAGAGUGCGGCUUGUGGCCAUCAACAUAAUCAUACAUGUAGCCAAAACAGUUAACGUGAGAGAUCUGUUUGGUUUCUACUCCUCCCUGAUGGGCAGUCAAGGCUUGUCACACAGUCUGAUCAAUGACCCCAACCCCAGAGUCACUGUUGCGGCUGCCUCCACCUUGUCUUUCUUGCUUGGUAAUGCCAAGUCCUACCUUGCCCAAGCCCAGCAUAGCACAGUGAAGACAUAUACUCCAUUCUCUGCUGUGUUGGCAGCACUGUUGACCAAUCUGCAUCACAGCGUGGUGACAGCACUGAUCUCCCCAGCACCACUGGCAGUGCUACAUUGUGCUGCAUGUCUGGUGGAUGUCACACCUUACCACAGGCUAGGCUCAGACAUCCUUCCACCUCUCCUACAAGCUGUCCUUCCCUACCUCAGGCACAAGGAUGUGUCCGUGGUGGUGGCAGCAGUGACAGUACUUGGUGUAGUGGUAUCACUGCAGCCUCACACUGAUCAGCUGACUACACUCUUGUCAUCUCCCACUCCACCCAUCUCUCUGCCAGAACUCCCAGAAGAUCCACCUAGAUCUUGGGUUUUGGCUGCUUCCUUAAACUACUUGCAGGGAGACAAUGAGAGGGCAGUAAUGGGAGCGCUGCGUGUGGAGUGGUGGCAAGUACUAGGGGCUUUGAUGCGUCACCACUACCCCCUGGUGCAGCAUGAUGUUCCACACAUCACCACAGCCAUGGCCAGAGACAUGCGAGCCAACAUUGAGCUGGUCAAACUACAUGCAGCACGGGCCUUCCACAUACUGGCUGAGAUCAUGGCAGGACCUGAUGCAGAUGUGACGGAGUGUGUGGAGGUGUGGAACAUGAUGAUUGGUUCUCAGCUACUUAGUCUACUAGGUUCCUCUCCAGGACUGACCACUACAGUGUGUGAGUGUCUUGGAGCCAUGAGUCCUUCUGCAUACCAACAUCUCACGGAGAAGCAGCAGAUAUGUUGCAUCACUUCGCUGCUCGGAUGUGCUAGAGAUGAGGAACCCAAUGUGAGAGCUGCGGCAGUCCAGGCUCUUGCUAACUACCUUACCUUCCCUACACUCAGUCAGGAUGAACAGUUUGUCAGUGACUGCAGUGAGGUCAUCUGUCAUCUCAUUAAGGAUCCCUUCCCCCUUGUGUCAGGCAAGGCAUCCUGGGCUCUGGGCAACCUGUCCGACAUGCUCUACAAAACUCAAUUGAAAGAAGAAAUAAUUCCACCUAUUCAGCUAAUAAGAACUAGCUUCACUGCUGCUCAAGACAGAGUCAAGGUGAGAGCCAAUGGAAUGCGAGCACUAGGCAACUUGUUGGGCCUCUUAAAAGAAAAACAUUUUUCAAAACCUGAAUACAAAGAAGUUCUUGUACAAGCUGCUCAAAUUCUCGCAAAAAAUGCUACAUCAAACCUAAGUAUGAAGGUAAGCUGGAAUGCCUGUUAUGCCCUUGGCAGCAUGUUGAAAAACGAAGCUAUUCAUGAUGCUUCUUCUGAAUGGCAGGACAUAGUACUGCCUGCUUUGUGUACAGUUCUGACUCGCAGUUCCAACUUCAAGGUGCGGAUGAACGCUUGUGUUGCGUUGAGUUGUGUUCAGUCACGUUCUCGUUACGGAGCACACUACCUGGUCGUGUGGCGUGCUCUCCUAGCUGGCCUGGAUAAUGCAUUCAACAUGACUGACUUCAAAGAAGUCAAACAUCAAGAUAGCCUUCUGGAACAGCUGUGCCUUGCAAUGUGCCAUCUGACAUCAGUGGUGGAGCUGUCUGAUCUGUCACAGUUGCAUGAGGUUGUAGUGUACCACUGUGACACCAUGCAGCAGCACCUGUCCCGCUUCAACUCCUCCACUGUACCAGAGCGGACGGAGGCCGUACUACAUGCAGCAUCACGUGUCGCUACACUGAGAGAGACAUCACAGCUGACCGUGACACAGCGUGACGCUCUUACCAUCCUCACCAGUGUGUUCACGUUUGACGUGUGACCUUCCACUGUGAUCCUUGCUUUACAAUAACUUGUAGGUAGCAUUUAUAAGAUUAUGAGAUACAGAAUCAUGUUUUUAAAACCUGGCUAACAUAGCUUGAGUUAAAGUAGUGUGAACACUAUUUUUACUCUGUUAAAUGAUAAAAGAUAAGGAAGAAGUUUGCUGCAUUGCUUAGCCACUAGCAAAAGGAAAAAAACAGGUAGGUACUUACUUGUGUUACCAGUUAGUAUUACAACACAUAAUACAAAACUGUGUUACUGUUUAUACAAAACUAAGUUUUUGUUAUCGUUUUUUGGCACAAAUUCCAUAGUGUGGACGGGGUGUAUUGUUCAUUAAAUUUUUCUAGGUUUAUCAGGCUUUAUUUAUGAUUUAUGGAAUAAUUUUGUAUUUUAAAAUAAUUUCAAAUGUUUUGAAAAAAGAAAAAGGAAUCGUUGUAGCAUCGUAGGUUCAACCAUUAACAGUUUCACCAGAAUGUGUUCUUAAUUUUUCCAUUUUUGUAACCUUACAAAUCACUAGUGGUGUUUGUCCAGGAUAUGCCAGGUUUUAGGAAUUGCCAAUAAUAGUUAAGAACGAAAUGCAGUUAAGAACUUAAAAUAAUUAAGAAGUGGCAAAAUGAUGAUAGUGUAAGGUGAGCACCUUUUCGUCUAAAAACGCUGUGUGAUUUCGCCACUAUCGUUCGUUACUCUAUCGAAUCACAACAUCAUCUAUUACUAUCGAUUCGAUUGUAGUUGUCGUUUGUCACAGAUCUGUCAGAGCAGAGGCUAUUGUGAUACAGACAAAAUGAGAGCACUCUAUCAUAAAAUUAAACUGUCAUAACCUAACCAAACUUGCUGAUAAUGAAAAAUCGAAUGAAGGUUUACUAAUUGAAAAAAAAAGUUCUGUUUAUAAAAUAAAAUUAUAAAUGCCUCAAAUUCUAACAAAAUAUGUACAGGUAAGAAGUAAUCACAUUCUAAGCAAGAUCUCAAAAAGUUACUGUCACUAGUGGAAUACGAUCUGGUUACCUCUAAGCCGAGUACUCAAUCCACUACACCACGAAUACCGAUGGCAGCAUUUUGUAUCGUUGUGGUAAUGGUGUUCAUUAUAUUCAUUCAACCAUUAAUAGAUUGAAUCGAACCCAUUUGGUCCUAAAUAAUAUCUAUACUUAGUAUUUUGAUAUUGAACCGAUAGUACACAACGUUUUUGUACGAAAAUUUGCUCAACGAAGUGAAAUACUUUUUCCCACCACACAAUGAAAAACACUCCUAAAAAUGUAUAUUAUGUAAAAAUAAAUCUUUGUUUACACACAAUGCAUUAACGAAUUCCAAAACAUUGAUUAUACAAUGUUAGAAAAUUGUAGGUCAUGGUUUCAUAGUAGCAACUCAACAAUAUAAUUGCCACUGAUUGGUAGUCAAGUGAAUAAUUUAAUUAAAUAUAUUAACAGCAGAUUUUCUGCCCACUAAACACCACUUUUAGGCCUUAAUGAUUACACCUUUGUAUAGUAAGAAAUGUGGUAUAGUUAACAAAGUUCACAUUGUUAUUUUACACGUUUAUGCUUCUUUAAGUUCCUAAAAUAACUUUCACGAAUUUUCCUAUCCAUUCUGUUAAUAUAGUAGGAACAAAUUUUUUUACCAGAGUAUGUUUAGUCAAAUUUGUUAUAU